CCCACACACCCACAAUGCCUCCAAUCGGCCCAGCCAUGCCUCCACAGCCCUCCAAACGCAGUCGCGACGACGAUGACACCCGCUCAUCGAGCCCAGACGCCAGCGACAAGCGCCGCAGAGUCGCUGGCCCAGCACUCCCGCCCGCCGCCGCGCCGCGCACCGCAGGCCCAACCCUCCCUCCAACCUCCACCUCCCGCUCGAGCUCGCCAGACAGUGACGCCGGUCCCGCACCCCCACCACCAUCGCGACCCGCCCGCGUCAUGGGCCCAGCCGCACCGCCCGCGCCCCUCAGCGAACGCCCACCCAACCCGCCCCCAGACUCGGACAGCAGCGACUCCGACUUCGGCCCUGCGCCGCCCCCAGCAGGCGCCUCCUAUUCCUCCACCCCCGUACCCAGCGCCUUCGACAGCGCCCCGCAGCUCCCGGACGCCCCCCGCGCCGCCCAGCGCGACGAAUGGAUGACGCUCCCCCCCACCGCCGACGGCCUCGCCUCGCGCCUCGACCCUUCAAAACCGCGCGCCCGGAAAUUCAACACAGGGAAGAGCGCCGCAUCGGGCCCCGCGGGCAUCAGCAGCGCCUGGACCGAGACGCCCGCCGAGAAGCUCAAGCGGCUGCAGAACGAAGCGCUGGGCAUUGCGCCUGCGGAGCCGGGGAAACCCAGCGGCAGCGGAUCUGCGCGGCGCUCGAAGGAGGACGAGCGCGCGCGCGCCAUGCGCGACAGGAUCGAUGCGACGAGGGGGAAGAGUCUGGUCGAGCAGCAUCAGGGCGCGGGCAAGGUCGCCGAAGACGAUCCGAGCAAGCGAGUAUUUGAUUAUGAGAAGGAUAUGGCGGUGCAGGCGGACGUGAGUCGCAAGCAGAAGAAGGAUAUUAUGGGGCAGAGUAAGGGGUUUGGGGACCGGUUUGCGGGGGGGCGGUUUCUGUAG